AGUUGCAUACGAAUGAAGAGGGCUCGUCGACCGUAGUUGAGCAGUUGAGCAGCCAUCGUUGGUGAAAUCGCGGGAAGUAGAAUUACGUUCAAAAAUUCUAGCGCACGGCCACCCCACUUUCGAGACCAUAGUUACCAGCUUAAUUACGUAGGUAUUUUCCACCUACACAGCUGCCAUUUUGAGGGACCUGGUCGGCAAUACAAUCGAUUUGAUAAGCCCGAUUUUCUCGUAUGCCACAUCUACCCGCAGUGUUGGUCCAUGCGUCACUUCAGAGUAGCUUCCGGGUAACUGUGGAAGACGUCCAAUUGACUUGCGGCCCAGGUAAGUGACGAACCCCAUCAACAUUCAAUCCUUUCAGCAGUGUCAGAAACAAGACAGAUACCAUCGGUCCUUUGAUGGUGCCCCCUUCAAACACGCCAGACUGCCUCCGCUGUUCAUCUUCGGUAUGAGCGGAAGGCUUAUAGCAGCGGCCGGGCGCUUGCCCUCGACGCGUAUCGCCACCCAAGCUGCGAGACAGUAUCAUCACCUUUCCUCGAGCGGACUUCUUCGAGCCGAUGCAGCUGUUCGAGCCACCCGAAGGCGCAUGUGGCUUGGCGGCAAUGCCUUCCACAAUGCAGUCGUCGUCCGCAAUGCGUCCUUUGCGCGCUUCCUGCCAAAGCUAGCAGCGAAGCUCAUCAGGAUCCCCGCUAUGGCAGGCGGUGUGACCGUUGCUGGCAUAGCUUGGGUGCAAUACCAGGCCACACAGGCCGGCAACUACGCGUGGGAUGUGUUCAGCACAGCGAAGGACACAGUCACGGGUACGGCGACAGGUAUCUUCGACGGCGCAAAGGACAUCGCGGGCCAGACGAUGAGAGGAUGGCAAAAGACAAAAGAUGAAGUGGAAUUGCCUGAAUGGAUGCAGAAGAUCUUGCGGUUACAAGAGGAGGUUGGAACCGGUGGCAAGGGAGACGGCCCAGGUGGCAGCGAACCCCCGAAACAGAGCAGAUCUGGUGCAGCCGUAGCAGGUGCAUCUGCCGCUGCAUAUGGCUACGAGCAGUCCACCGAAGACGACCCAAGGAGCCCCGACGAGAUAGCAAGAGACGAUCAGAUGAUGGUUUUGACCAAGAAGAUGAUCGAAAUCCGGAAUAUUCUUCAGAGAGUCGGCCAGUCGAGCACAUUAUCGUUACCCUCGAUCGUUGUCAUCGGAUCACAAUCAUCAGGAAAGAGUUCGGUACUAGAAGCUAUCGUGGGCCAUGAAUUCCUGCCCAAGGGAGCAAACAUGGUUACCAGAAGACCUAUUGAGCUCACCCUGAUCAAUACCCCUGGCUCCGACGCUGAAUACGGCGAAUUCCCCGAUCUGGGUCUCGGCAAGGUCACCGACUUUUCUUCGAUCCAGAGGACACUUACAGAACUCAACCAAGCCGUGCCCGCAUCCCAAUGUGUAUCGGAUGACCCCAUUCGCCUCUCCAUCUCCUCGCCGAAUGUGCCGGAUCUGUCACUUAUUGACUUGCCGGGCUAUAUUCAGGUUGUGGGUCACAACCAACCUCUGGAGCUGAAGCAGAAGAUAUCGGAGCUCUGCGAUAAGUAUAUCCAGCCCCCAAAUGUCAUUCUCGCUAUAUCAGCAGCCGACGUUGAUUUGGCCAAUUCAACAGCGUUGAGAGCAAGCAGGAGAGUUGACCCGCGGGGAGAGCGCACCAUUGGAGUUGUUACCAAGAUGGAUCUUGUUGAUCCAAUGCGGGGUUAUUCCAUCUUGACAGACAAGCAAUACCCCUUGCGCCUGGGAUAUGUCGGCGUCGUGUCACGAGCACCCGCACCGGCCAGCGGACUGUUCAAGAAGGGAAACGCCAAUCUCACUACCGCUAUUACCAAGAACGAGAACUCAUUCUUCUCGGCUCAUCCGCUCGAGUUCGGGUCCGAGUCAGAAGUUGCCGUGGGAACAUCGACAUUACGGAAGAAACUUAUGCACGUCCUGGAGCAGACCAUGUCAGCCAGCUUGCAAAGUACGAGUGAUGCGAUUCAACAAGAAUUGGAAGAAGCUACAUACGAGUUCAAGGUUCAGUACAACGACCGUCCACUAUCCGCCGAAUCAUAUCUGGCGGAGAGCCUCGAUGGGUUCAAGCACUCUUUCAAGCAGUUUGCUGAGGAGUUUGGCCGGCCGCAAAUGCAUGAACUACUGAAGAAUGAACUGGAUCAACGCGUUCUUGACUUGUUAGCAGCCCGGUACUGGAACAAGCCCAUACUAGACCUUUCACCGCCCAUACUGGAACCCGAUAACUUGGCCGAUUUGCCCAAAGCCGACCCAGAAUCUAUCUUCUGGCACCGAAGACUCGAUGCCUCCACUUCUGCCCUCACGAAGCUGGGCAUUGGCCGUCUGGCAACUACGGUGGUUGCCAACUCGAUCCAAUCACGCGUGGAUCAAUUGAUUGGACAGUCAAGCUUCGUCAGCCAUCCCUACGCGCGCCAAGCCAUCACCGAAGCCGCGUCAAGCAUAUUGAACGAUCGGUUCUACAGCACUAGCGAUCAGGUAGAAAACUGCAUCAAGCCAUUCAAAUUCGACAUCGACAUGGAAGAGCGUGAAUGGGCCCAGGGGCGGGAGCAUGUCCAAGGUGUCCUGAAAAGGGAGCUGGCGGCAUGUGAGGGUGCUAUUAAGGAUCUCGAGACCUCGAUCGGGGGUCGGAGGAAGCUGAAGGAGGUCCUCGGGUUCGUGGAUAAAGCGAGAAAGGGAGAGUUUGUUGUUGAGGGCGAUAACAGUAUUGGAGCCGGUGGGUUCAGUGCUGCUUUGCUCGCAAAAGGCCGUGAAGCAGCAUUCCUCCGCGAUCGGGCAGAGAUUAUCAAAAUGCGCCUCCUGGCUGUCAAGUCAAAACAGUGCGCUAACAUGAAGAACAAAUAUCACUGCCCCGAGGUCUUCCUCGAUGCGGUAGCGACUAAGCUUGCCUCAACCGCAGUUCUGUUCCUCAAUGUGGAGCUGCUAUCUGAGUUCUACUACAAUUUCCCCCGUGAGCUAGACCUGCGGCUCGGCCGCCAUCUUUCCGAUGAGGAGGUGGAGAAGUUCGCCAAGGAAGACCCUAAGAUAAAGAAGCAUCUCGAAGUCAUCCAGCGCAAAGAGCUGCUCGAGCUUGUUCUGGACAAGAUAGAAAGCUUGAAGCAACUCGAAGGUCGGGAAAGGGAGAAGGGUGGUGGUAAGGGGUCCGGAGGCAAGAAGAGCAAUGGGGAGAAGCAAAGGGGAAGAUGGGGACUGUUCUAGUGAAAACAAAAAACUUGGAAGAACAACCAUGAAACGAUCAUAUAAUUUUUACGAAACAGGGCAUGGAGUUAUGGAGAUUCAUUGGAUGCAGUAGGCUUGGUUGUCGUCGUUGCUGCGAAGCGGUUAUUGUGGUGUCGAGAGAUCGCUUUCGUCAAAGGCUCCCAGUACCCCGUCCCUGCGCUUUGGAAUGGUUUGCGCUGCGUACUUGUGAUUAAACCUGAUCCCCGCUUAUUGCUAGGCUUGUUCAAAUACAGUACACAUAUGUCAUGAACAGGUGCGCCAAGUGGGGGUAAAAUCUACCCUGCUGGCAACUCAUUGC